GGGGAAACUAACAAAGACACAUGAGUAAAGUGGCAGUGAUGGGGAAUGCGGCUGCAGGAGCUUUGGAGCAGGAACCGACUGAAGGCAGAGAGUCCAGGAACUCAGUUGGGGCAGCUUCAGGAAUGAGUGACCCCACACCAACCCUGCAGAAGAAGCAGCCGGCUCCCCCCAAACUGCCCAUGCCUUCAGAGGAGGAGUUGGAAGAACGCUUCAACAUGGUUCUGAGCUACAUGAACCUGCCCCCAGAUAAACUGAAGCUACUGAGUCAGUAUGAUAAUGACAAGAAGUGGGAACUAGUCUGCGAUCAGGAGCGUUUCCAGGUAAAGAGUCCCCCAUCAACUUACCUGAACAAGAUCAGGAGCUUCUACCAGGAUCAAGGAGGGGUGUCUCGCAGGCAUAAGAAACGGACCCAAGAAGCCACCCAGGUCCUCAAAGAUUUGGAGAUUUCCCUUCGUACCAAUCACAUUGGAUGGGCACAAGAGUUUCUCAAUGAGCAUAACAAAGGUUUGGAUGUCUUGGUGGAAUACUUGUCCCAUGCGCAGAGUGAUGUCUCGUUUGAUAUGGAGGGUGUUGAAAAUGGUGUGUCAGACAGAGGAAAGCCAGCUGAGAGGUCAAUGGAAGACUUGACCAAGAACUCCAGCACCUCCCAUGCGCAUGGGAUGACCAGAGCUGCUCGAGCGUUGACUGUAAGAAUAACCCACACUCUGGGGAGCAAGAUGCAUAAAAAGUCCCACGCAUUCGGCCAGAGAGAUGAUGUGCAUGUGUGCAUAAUGUGCCUGCGAGCCAUCAUGAACUACCAGUCUGGUUUUAACCAGGUGAUGACUCACCCACGCUGUGUGAAUGAGAUCACCCUCAGCCUCAACAGCAAGAAUCCCAGGACCAAAGCCCUUGUGUUGGAGUUGCUGGCAGCUGUCUGUCUUGUCAGGGGAGGACACGACAUUAUUCUCUCUGCUUUUGACAGCUUCAAAGAGGUGAGCAAAGAAAAGACCCGCUUCGAGAAGUUGAUGGAGUACUUCACCAAUGAUGACAGCAACAUUGACUUCAUGGUGGCGUCCAUGCAGUUCAUAAACAUUGUGGUCCAUUCAGUGGAAAACAUGAACUUUCGUGUCCAUCUACAGUAUGAGUUCACUCACCUUGGACUAGACAAGUAUUUGGAGAGCCUGAAGGAAACAGAGAGUGAGAAGCUGCAGGUCCAGAUCCAGGCCUACCUGGACAACGUGUUAGACGUAGGAGCACUGCUGGAGGAUGCUGAGAACAGAGGAGGGGUGCUGGAGCAUGUGGACGAACUGCAAGAUCAUAAUUCACAGCUGAAUGCCCGGCUUCAAGAAAUUGAGAAUCAGGCUACGGAGAAGAUAUCUGAACUUGAAACUCAGCUCAUGCAGGCCACCAAGGAGACUGAGCUGCUCAAAGAAAGUCUACGAGAGUCCUGUUCCCAGGUUAGUGCCUUGCAGCAAAGAGAAAGGGAGAAGGAGCUGGACAGAGAGAGGGAGAAGGAUAGGGAGCGACUGAGCACCUCCACCCCACAGACGAGUUCAGAGCUGGAGCAGAAGAUCCAGGAGCUGCAGGAUAAGGGGCUGAUCCGACUAGGACGCAGCGCCUCAGGAGCUCUGGACAUCCAAGUUGUGCCUGUCACAGUGGUUGAAUACGUCCAGGCACCAGCCUCAGCUGCCCCGCCCAGCACUACGGACUCUGUCAGUGAUACUCCCUCCCCAGCAUCUAGCCCCACUGCCACUGCCCCUCCGCCCCCUCCUCCUCCUCCCCCUCCCCCUCCUGGCGGUCCAGAUGCCUCUCCUCCUCCACCACCACCUCCUCCUCCACCUCCACCUGGAACUGGAGCUGUGCCCCCUCCUCCUCCACCUCCUCCUGGUCUUGGAGGAGGCCCACCACCUCCUCCUCCCCCACCUGGUGCUGGACCCCCACCUCCACCGCCCCCACCUGGGGGUGGACCCCCACCCCCUCCUGGAGCACCAAACAUGCAAUCUGGGUUUAAGGGCAAGAAAACUAUUCAGACCAAGAAUAGGAUGCCACUGUUGAACUGGCAGGCUUUAAAACCUAACCAGGUGACAGGCACUGUCUUUAAUGAGCUGGAUGAUGAGCAGAUUUUAGAGGAGUUGAACAUGGAUAUAUUUGAGGAACACUUUAAGACUAAGGCUCAGGGUAAUCCUAAAGACCUGUCCACUAUGAAGAAGAAGACUGCCCAAAAGGCCCCCACCAAGACGUCUCUGAUUGACCCCAACAAGGCUAAGAAUCUGGCUAUUACUUUACGCAAGGGGGGAAUGAACCCAUCUAAAAUCUGCACCGCUAUAGAGACGUAUGACCAGGAGUCUUUGUCGAUAGACCUCCUUGAGUUGCUCGAGCCCUUCAUACCAUCAGACUUUGAGAAGAAGCUGCUGGUUAAUUAUGAGAAGGAUGGCCGCCCGCUUGACGAUCUGACUGAUGAAGACCAAUUUAUGUUACGCUUUGGGAAGAUUCCUCGUCUGACCCAGAGAAUUAACACUCUCACUUUCAUGGGCAACUUCCCGGACACUGUCAAACGCUUGCAGCCGCAAUUGGACUCUAUCAUUUCGGCGUCCAUGUCCAUCAAGUCUUCAACCAAACUGAAAAAGAUCUUAGAAAUUGUUCUCGCCUUUGGCAACUACAUGAACAGCAGUAAGAGGGGCUCAGCUUACGGUUUUCGACUGCAGAGUCUGGACCUUCUCUUGGAGACCAAGUCCACUGACCGCUCUCAGACGCUGCUUCAUUUCAUCACCAAUAUCAUCAUGGAAAAAUAUGCCGACUUGGCCAACUUCCACACUGAGCUACACUUUGUGGACAAGGCAGCACUUGUGUCCCUGGACGGUAUUCUUGGAGAUAUCCGCUCAUUAGAGAGAGGAAUGGAGAUGACCAAAAAGGAGUUCUUGGUGCAGGAUGACAGCCCAGUGUUAAAGGAAUUCAUCAAAACCAACAGUGAUAAGCUGGAUUCUUUGAUCAAAGACAGCAAGACAGCCCAGGAGGCUUAUGGCUCUGUGGUGGAGUAUUUUGGAGAGAACUCAAAAACCACACAGCCUUCACAGUUUUUCCCAGUUUUUGGACGCUUCAUAAAGGCCUAUAAGAAAGCAGAGGAAGAGAUUAAGCAGAAAAAGAAAAUGGAGAGUGAGGUCAGCGAGGUAAAAGAUACUCCAUCGCCCAACAGGGCCGGGUCACAAAAGGGUCCUAUGAUGCCCAAGAUGCCCCAGAUGGAUCUGAUUGCAGAGCUGAAGAAAAGGCAGGUGAAACCACAGGUACGCGAGGGGAAGGACGGUGCUUUGGAGGACAUCAUCACAGAUUUGAGGAACUCGCCAUACAGACGAACAGAUGGUCGACGGCCAGCUCAGCGCCAGGAGACUUGAGCCACUUUUGGACUCCUUGCAAAUGCAACUGGAACCACACUCAAGCAUACAGACAAAAGAGCAUGCUUCAAAAUGUUCUGUAUAAAGUAUAUCGAAAUAUAUAAUGAGCCUCAUGCCAUGUUGUGUUGCCAACAUUGUAGUGUGAAUUUUCUUUGUAAAUAUGAAGUUGGAAUUAUUUGUAAUUUUUAAUGCAGUUAGUGAAUUCGAUUCGAUAUAUAGCUGAACAUUUUUUGUAGUUGGCACCUCAUGAAUUUUGUAUGAUUUAAAUUUGUACUAUUAUUACCUGUUAAGAAAUAAAACAAAAUCAUGAGCAUUUUAAAGUAAUACUAUUUUUGUAUCCAUUGCUCCUGUAAUUUUAGUGCAACACACAGACAAGUCAGAUGAGAAAGCAAGUUCAGGUGCCAAGACUGUACAAGAG